UUCUCUUGUGUUAUUGCCUUCACGCUAUUUCGACUAGUUAAUUUGUUCUUUUUAAGCAACUCUGAUCUCCAUUUCCUUACAUAUAUGUAAAUUGGUUACCUUAUAAAUCACUGCAUCAAAUGUGUUUUGAUUUUUAUGCUCACAACCUUCUAAGCUGUGGAGCUUAACAUGCUCAAAUCAUCUCCCUUCCUGUGGAUGAGGAAUGCAUCCUGUUUCAAUUGUUCAUAUGCCACAUCGAAGCUUUGUGGAAGGGGGUGGUGACUCUCUGCUGCAAUCUGAUUGGAUGACUAUUGCUUAGUUGGUAAUCAGGGUGUAGUGUUCUCUGCUUUGGCAGCAACAAGAAACAGCAUUUGCUGUUGUGUCUCCGUGUAGGGGGUUAGGACCUGGGAACUUAGGAGCUUCAUGAAAGAUGAGAUAUUUGUUCAUGAUAGGUGAGAUAUGGUUGCAGAGUUGGAUGUAAAUAAGGAAAGGACGAUAGUUAGGAAUAAUGCACCUGCCAGUUUCUUUGCAUCAAGAAUGGAUGUUUGCCCCUUAGUUCAUAGUAGAUAUCUAAGAUAAAUGAAAAGGCAACACAUGACUUUUCAGGGGGAUGAUGCAAUAGUAGGUAGUGGCGUAGUGCUUGUCCACUUGAGUGCAAGUAUCUGUCUAUUAUAACUUUGAAUUCGCCAAAAUAACCACGAGAAUUUUGGACCAUGAAUGAAAAUUGUGAAGAAAAGCAUAAUUUUUGGGCGGUACAGUGGGCUAGUGAUAAAUUGCAUACUCAUGCUAACUGUUUGGAUUAGCAAAGUUCAAAAUUCUAAUAUUAGUAUCGAGGAUAUUGCAUAAAAUCCUUAUAUAGAUGUAUUAGAAAACCCAGAUUGAGCAAUUAAUUUCAAUUUAGCCUUGAUGUUCUUUAAAGGUUUUGAUGCACUCUUAAUAAUGAUCUGCCAAUUGUUUGAUUUUCUUUUUUGCACGAUAAUUACAUGGUGAUAACUAUGAUAUUGAUUUUAUGUUCAUGUGGAACAGAGUUGAUUGUUAUAACAUUACAAAUUAAAAUUACUUAAUCUUCCACAUUUUGUUGUAGCUAGAAAUAGUGCAUCCUGACCACUGUAUGGAUGUUGAAUCAAUGCAUGCAGUCUCUUUGUAGACACAUCUUCAAAGAAAUCCAGUCUUGAUUGGUACAAACUGAAACAUUUUGCAAAACUAUCCAAUGUAAAAUGUCGAAAUAUUUUAGAAUUUUAUUCAAAUUCUUGUUUAGGUCUAAUGACUCUAACAUGGAGGCUAGAGAUGAUAUGAACCAAUGGAAUUGUGCAAUGGUUAGGCACUUAGGGUUCUUUGGAUCAACGUGUGUUCGCCAAAUCUUUUUUAUGCUACAUGUCUUCUUCUGAUGAAAGAUACAUCCCUCUUACGUUACAUUUACUCUUUUUCAUUUAUCUAAGCUGCAAGUUUAAUUUAAUUAGUUCUCCAUCAAUAUGGUGCAAGGAGCUAGUAGCGUAGAAGGGUGCACAACAUACUGGUGAGGGAAAAAUUGAUGUGGGCCCACAUUAUUUUUGGACAAAUCCAUCCCUUUUGCCUAUCCCUCCCCUUUCCCCACUCUCCGAACUCCUAACCUAGUUUCUUCAUUCUUCGAUAAUCUUCGAAUCCCCCCUCUCCUACGACCGCAGCUACCUGUUAUACCUAGAAAUCCGACCCCUGUUUUUUCUUCCCAAAUCAGAUUUUGCUUCCUGCGGUGCCGGACAGCAUUUUUGGCCUUGGAACACUGACGACCCACCUAAUUCGAAUCACCUUAUUACAUCUUCGAUCGUUGAGAACAUCGGACAUGGAGUUCUUUACGGAAUACGGGGAGGCAAGCCAAUAUCAGAUUCAAGAGGUCGUUGGCAAGGGAAGCUAUGGAGUAGUUGCUGCUGCAGUAGAUACUCACACUGGGGAGAGAGUUGCAAUCAAGAAGAUCAAUGAUGUUUUUGAGCAUGUUUCAGAUGCCAUCCGCAUUCUGCGGGAAAUCAAAGUUCUUCGGCUUCUCCGCCACCCAGACAUUGUUGUGAUCAAGCACAUCAUGCUCCCUCCUACCCGAAGGGAGUUCAGGGAUAUUUAUGUUGUUUUUGAACUCAUGGAGUCAGAUCUACAUCAAGUUAUCGAAGCAAAUCAUGACCUUAGCCCAGAGCAUCACCGUUUUUUCUUGUACCAACUUCUUUGUGCUCUCAAGUACAUACAUUCAGCUAAUGUAUUUCAUCGUGACUUAAAGCCAAAGAACAUACUGGCCAAUUCAGACUGCAAACUGAAGAUUUGUGAUUUUGGACUUGCACGUGUAGCAUUUAAUGAUUCACCUUCAACAAUUUUUUGGACCGAUUAUGUGGCAACAAGGUGGUACCGAGCUCCUGAAUUAUGUGGUUCUUUUUUCUCCAAAUACACCCCUGCAAUUGAUAUUUGGAGUAUAGGGUGCAUUUUUGCUGAAAUUCUCACCGGAAGACCAUUAUUUCCUGGGAGGAAUGUUGUGCACCAGUUAGAUCUAAUAACAGAUCUACUUGGAACUCCAUCAUCUGAAACUUUAUCACGGAUUCGUAAUGAGAAUGCCAGGGGAUAUUUAACUGGCAUGCAGAGGAAACAUCCUAUCCCCUUUUCUCAUAAGUUUCAUAAUGCUGAUCCUCUCGCUUUGCGCCUGCUAGAGCGUUUACUUGCAUUUGAUCCUAAAGAUCGACCUACUGCUGAAGAGGCUUUAGCUGAUCCAUAUUUUAGAGGAAUUUCUAAGUUGAGCCGGGAGCCUUCAAGACUGCCAGUUUCAAAAUUUGAGUUUGAAUUUGAGCGAAGGAAACUGACAAAGGAUGAUGUAAGAGAAAUGAUAUAUCGAGAGAUAUUAGAGUACCAUCCCCAAAUGCUUCAGGAGUACAUCAGAGGUGGAGAACAAAUUAGCUUCCUCUAUCCAAGUGGGGUUGAUCGUUUCAAACGGCAGUUUGCUCAUCUUGAGGAGAACUACAGCAGAGGAGAAAGAAGUACCCCCUUGCGGAGACAGCAUGCGUCUUUGCCAAGGGAAAGAGUAUGCUCAUCAGUAGAUAGCAAUAAUCAAGACUCUGACAAUGAAGAGAGGAGAGCGAUAUCUUCUAUUGCCCGAACUAUGAUAAGUCCCCCAAGAUCACAAGAAAAGGGCAAGAAUCGUGCAUCUGCUUAUCCAAAUGGCAUAAUCAAUCUAAACUCCAAUCCUAAGAUCUAUUUAAAGAGUGCUAGUAUCAGUGCUUCAACGUGCAUCAUUAGAGGGAAUAAAGGCCCGAAGGAGAAUGGUAUCUCUGAGGACAUGGAAGAGGUUGUCUAUGAGUUGUCAGAUAAUGUGACCAGGAUGCUCUCCUAGGGCAUCAGUAACCAGCGUUCAGCCGGCCAUGAUCUUGAUGCAAUUCCAAAUUCCAAUAACUGUUUAUACCAUCAGUAUCAUGGAUCCUUGCCUAUAUCUAUGAGCUGAUACUCUAGGCUCUUAGCUUAUAUCACCUAUUGAUCAUCUUCCAAAAGCAUCAAGCUUGGAGAAAUGAGUUGUCUUUGUCAAUUCGAGGCCAAAUUUGGCAACUCGGCUUGUUGUACAUGCAUUUUCCUCAUAGCCUGGCAGUGUGUGAUGACUCUAUCUGCCAUAUGAACAAUCUGGCACUUUUUUACCUUAGUACCAUAUUACCGUUUCAGAACAAAAUCAACAGAUCUCAAUGGUAAUUGGUAAAUUAUGUCAAUGCAUGCCAUAUUAUCCCAGAA